ACUUACUAUGCAUUUUAUUACUACUCAAUUAUAUAAAAAAUAAAUAAUAAUAACUCUCGUUAGAUGCCUUUGUCUUGCCUUGUUUGUAUGCUUUCACUAGAGCCCCAUCUCUUCGAAUCUCUACCCAACCUUCAUUUUCAUUGUCUUGGCUCCUAAUUCCAAACCCCUUUCCUUUCAUUUCUCCCUGGCAGUAGGCCAUUAACCCAGCACCAAAGAUGGGCGUUUUCUAUCCCUUAACAUUUCUUUUCAUUUUGUUCCUGCUCGUCGUCCGCAUUCCCCCUUUAUUAGCGGAUAAUUACAACAAUAACAAUAGCAAUAGUAAUAAUAUUGUUGUUGAUAACAUUACCGCGUCAAAUCCUUCCCCAUCCCCAUCCCUUCAACAAAUAAGACCCAAUCCCAGUUCUUCUCCUUUCAAACCAAGCAUAGCCGUGAUUGUCGGUGUUCUAACAACCUUGUUUUCCAUUACUUUUCUUCUCCUUCUUUACGCCAAGCACUGCGGAAGGAACAAUAAUAACCCAUUUAGCUACACCCAUGCGUCGUCACUAGUCAGUGGUAGUGUUUCAGAAAGGAAGAAUUCGGGGAUCAACAGGGUCGUGGUGGAGUCACUUCCCCUGUUUCGGUUCAGUUCUCUUAGAGGUCAAAAAGAUGGACUCGAGUGCGCUGUUUGCUUAACCAGAUUCGAACCCAAUGAGCUUCUACGACUCCUUCCUAAAUGCAAACAUGCGUUUCAUGUCGAGUGCGUUGAUACUUGGCUGGAUGCACAUUCUACUUGUCCUCUCUGUCGAUACCGAGUUGACCCGGAAGACAUUCUCUUAAUAGAAGAAGACUACUCCUCCCGCCAAAACCAAGAUCUGGCUGCUCCUGUUUCUUCUUCUCCUUGUUUUGAGAGUAAUACUGAGUAUGAGUCUUCAAGGACUCGACGAGUUUCAGGGCGGCACUCGUACGCUGGAGAAAGGGGAGCAAGUAGUAGUAAAGCAACAACGUGGUUUAGGAGAUCACUGGACAGUUCAGGAGGUUCAGCUGUAGUUGGUGUGGGGGGAUUGGGUUAUAGAAAAGAUGGGCUUCUUUUGUUAAGAGAGGAUGAGAAGAAGAGAUUGGAGCAUCGGAUAAUUGUAUCGGGUUCGGGUUCUGGUGGUUGUACAGGAUCGGGUUUAGGAAGUGGGUUCCACCAAAGGUGGAGUGACGUACAUCCGUCAGAUCUGUUGUAUCUACGGUCAGAAAUGAUAAUAAGUCAGAGUCGAAGAUUGGGAACAGGAUCAUUGGUAGUAGAGGCAGAGGCAGAGGCAAAAAAUAAUAAUAAUAAUAUUAGUAAUGGACACAGAAAGGAGGAGAAUGGUUCAGAAAUAGAGAGCAUUGGUGUUGAUGAGAUUGGUAGAAGCGUAAUAAAUUCGAGAAGUGUGUCGGAAAUCACGGGCCUUAGUAGGUUUUCGAGCAAAGUGAGUUAUAGCAAUAACAACGACAACAACAGCCGUCGUCAUCAUCAUCAAUGUCGGCGUCGAGAAAGACAGGCCGCUGCAGCAGGACUAAUUUCGAGAUGGUUGGCUUGGAUUUCUUCUACGUCACAUUCAGAUGUACGAUCACAGCCUGUCGAUACCAUUGCUGGCUUGCCGUAG